AUGUCGCUUUCGGGACUGCUGCUGCUGCUGCUGCUGCUCUUCCCCGUUCUGUUUUCAACAGCUGCAGCUGCAGCUGAAGGAAAGGCGCCUCUUAGCGGCGGCAUUAGCGGCGGCGGAGGCACCGGCCACCAUCUGCCCCCCUCCGGCGACCUCGGCAUCGUCAGCCCCGGACGACUGCUGCUGUCAGUCGCGGACACGUGCAACUCCUGUGACCCCCUGGACCUGAACCUUCAUGUGGAUGCCUUCUCGCAGCUGGCCGACCCGCGGGUCGGCAUCAUGAACAUCACCUACCGUACCGUCGCCUGCCCCUGGCAAGGUACCAACAUCAGCAUCUACGUGAGCGCCUUCCGGCCCAGCGCGGGUGGCUGGCUGCGUCUCAGCGCCCGCAACGUGGCGGGAAACGGCCUUGCGGCGGCGGCCAUUGCACACUGCCCGAGGCCACAACCGGCGGAAGAGGAAGGCGCCGGCACCGCUGCUGCCUCCCCCUCCUCCCCCUCCUCCUCCCCCUCCUCCUCCCCCUCCGCUGCUAGCGGUCUCGUGCCCGGCUGCACCGGCACCCUUCGCGGCCCUGUUUGGCGUGACAUGCGGAACACGGUGGGGGCUCAGUGGGAGUACAGUGGACUGCCGAGUCUGCCCCUGGACCUACGGCUCACGGAUGUGGACGGCCGGGAGAUUAUCGUGUGGAACGCCAUCACCAACACCAGCUCACCCGCACUCUACACCACACAGGCGCAGUUCCCGCCGCUGCAAGGCAACCCGCAGGAAGAUGCGACGGCGGCGGGGUCAGGCGGCAUCGGCACUCGACAGCCCUGA